AUGAACUACGCUCUGGAUGAUUCCCCUUCCCAAAACCACCAUGAAUACGUCCUUCCACCGGUGGCACGGACUACCACUGUCACCCAGGUUCCCCCAGCCAAGACGAUAACCUUCUUCAAGAAAGGGGAUCCCCACUUUGGUGGGGUUCGCAUGGUUGUCAACCAGCGCAUGUUCAAGAGCUUCAAUGCCCUCAUGGAUGAACUCUCUCAGCACAUUCCCCUCUCAUUUGGUGUCCGCACCAUCACCACGCCCCAAGGAGUGCACUGCGUUAGCUCCUUGGAGCAGCUGGAAGAUGGGGGCUGCUACAUCUGUUCUGACAAGAACCCUUCCAAGGCCCUAGUUGGGUCAUACAGGCUGCUGCCAGGAUCCUCGUCGAGCGGCUAUCCCACCCAGAGGAUCAGCAACUUGGAAGGCUGGCAGGAGGCACCUUCCUGGCAGGACCAUAAAACACCAAAGAAGUUAACUCUGGUAAAAAAUGGAGAUAAUGGAUUUCGGCGCUCCUUGAUUCUGAGUCCGAAGAAUACCCAGAACCUAAAGGCCUUCCUCAAUGAUGCAUCUGAGGUUUUACACUUCCCUGUAAAUCGCCUUUACAAUCCUGAUGGGAGCAAGGUGGAGUCCCUCCAGAGUCUGCUACAAGGCCCUUCUGUUGUGGUGUGUGCUGGACAAGAGCCCUUCAGACCUAUGGCGGUGGAAAAUUCCAGGAGGUGCUUGCCUGAGAAGUUGCCAGGACUGACUUCAAAGAAAAGGAAUGCCAACUGGGAACUGAAAGCCAAGAAGAGUGUCAUCCAUUCAAGGUCUGAAUCAAGCAACAGGUCGAGGCAGCUUUCCCUGACAUCGGAGAAGUCUUACCUCAAUGGUUCUAGGACCUCUCUAAGGAGCGGCAGUCCUGUACCUACAACCAAUACCAAUGUUCCAGAGAAGUCUGCUGGUCUGAUCCCCUUUGGGGCCAAUGAUGACAUUGAGAAGAAGGUUCGUGUGAACAAAGAUGGCAGCUUGUCAGUGGAGAUGAAAGUACGAUUCCGACUACUCAAUGAGGAAAUGCUUCAAUGGUCCACCCAUGUUAGGAAAGCUGCCCAUCUCAAGGCAGCCAGUGGGGAUGACUUAGGACUUGGUAGAGCUGCCUUAUUCCAUCCUUCUAGGGAAAAUAAUGUGCAGAGAUCUUCAGAGGUAGGUACUUUCCUUUGUCCAGAUGAGACCAAUUCUCAAGGACUGGAAGAAGCCUCUUAUCUAGGGUGUCAGCAGCCACAACCCAAAUAUGAGAUCUGGAAAAAUCCUGUGUAUGUUUCCCAGGGGCAUGGAGCAGCUCCUGGGAGGAGCUCUUGGGUUACCCAGUCUCCUUGUUCAGGGGCCUCAUUGUUCCGACAGGCCAUCCACCAAACAAAGACGUCUGGGGACAGUCUCUGCACCACUUCCGGUGGAGAACCCUUGGAAUGCAGUGUACCAGGAUCCUCUUGUUAUUCUGGGACCCUGGAGGGCAGGGUACAGUGCAGUGACAAGCACCAGGCCUCAGAUCAACGAAACUUAAUCACAACUGCUUCAAGUGAUGAUGAGGGGGAGCAAAAACAUACCCCCAUUGGGAAAAACAAUAAGUCCUAUGGUGGGGGGCCUGACUCAUAUAGGAAGAGCUCCCAGAAAACUCAAGGAAUCAAGACAUAUGGGAAGUGGUCACCAGAUGAGGAGGAGGGAAAUGAAGCAUGCUUACUGGACUGCCUGGAGGAUAAGGCUCGGGAUGCAGCAGAGGAUGUUUCUGCCUCAUCUGUAUGUUCUAGGUGCAGGGAGAAGAGAAUGCAUGUGGCUGAGGGCUGUGGCAGUCCUAGACAGGAGGAGGCUUUCUGUUCCUAUGUGAGAGAGGCUCAGGGAAACACCACCAUGGAUCAUUAUGCUCCAUCCCUUGGCAUGGACCCUAUCAGGCAAAUGAUGCCUCGAGAGGGCUCUGGUUCUUCCCUCAUUGGCCUAUCCUCCUUAAAGAAUAAAGUUCUGGAAGCUGAAGAAGAUGAACACAGCGCGGUGAUACGGGAUACCAGUUCUGGGUCUGUAUGGAGGAGGCCCAGGGCAAUGGGCAACGGUGAGUUCAGUGACCUUGAGUGGAAUCGUAUUCCACACUCUUCUUGUCCCUCAGCAUGCAGUGGAAGCAAAGGAUGGAGGAGCCCGAGGAGUGAUGGGUCCCUACACAAUGUUUCUCACUCUUCCAGAGUUUACGAGGGAAGCAAAAGUAGUCAGCCACAAAUGAAGGACAAUGGGGAUGGAGGGACUAGCUACAUUUUGGAGGGCUCACCAGAGAGGUCCCUGCCAAGGAGCAUGUUCAGUUCUCCCCUCCUAGAAAAGCCUAGGGCAGAAAGUCAAACCCCCAUUUCUUCUAGAAGUUUAUCUGAAGCUAAGCAGCAAGCUGCAAGGGAUCCUGGGUCUAUCUCACCUUCUCCUCAUUAUUUAGAACAUUUAUCAGGGUCCAGUGAUGCCUCCAUUGCUCGGGAUGAUAACCCAGAUCAGAAGAAAUUAGAGAAUAUUUCUAAUUCCAGCCAUUCAGAUCCUAACUCUUUGGAGGAGACUAGGGGAGCCACAAAAGUCAGUAUUAGCUCUCUGGAGCCAAGAUCUUCAAACACGUCAGACUCUUCUGACUUCCAAGGUAUUGUUGAGUCUAGGGAUGAGAAGACCCUGGAGGACCAUCCUAGAGUUUCUUUAGAGUUGAAGAUUAAAGAACCUCAGAUGGAGGAACCAAAUGCCUGCAGAAGUAGCUGCUCCUCCCAGUCCAGCAAAACUCAACCUUACAGCACUUACAAUGAUAAACUGCAGGUCCUACCAAUGAAAGGAAAAAAUGAUAGUAAGGGACCAAGCUCUCAGGCUGGCUCAGUAGCCAGCAGAUGCCUCCCCACUCCCCCCACAGGAAUGCCUCACAUCAGAAAAAGCCCCUCAGGCAGCAGCAGGUGGAGUGCCCACUUGGAGGGAAGUGGGAGUUGGGAGGAGAAGGCUAAUCUCAAUUUGUCAGGCCCCAUCACACCUAGUUCCAGACCAGUGACCACAAGUCAAACAGUAAAAAGAGCCAGGAAGGGUGGCCCCUCCUCUGGUCAUGGGAGGAAAAUGCCAAGGAAAAUCUCUAAAGAAGGGAAGCCUCAAGAAGAAAAGAAGAAUCUUAGCAAGCCAGAGGGCAGCACUGGUAUGAGACCCAGUGACCUGCCCAGCACAUCUCCAGAGGAAGUUGUUUAUGAAUGGCUGAGCAAAAUUCCAGAAGAAUCCAUCCUCAUGAGCUAUGAAAUGCAGGAUGACAGCCCUGGGGCUGCUGUGGGGGCUCCAGAAGAGGACCCUGCUGUCAAGUGUUCUCCUGAAAUUCCUAGAGAGAUGGCCCAGGCCCAAGAACAUGCCCCCGAUAAGGAAGAUUCUGGGGGAGCACCACUAGAUGAAAACCCUAGGGUUGAUGCUGCUAGCCCAAAGGCAAGAGGUAGUCCUACUAAGAAGCAAUCUUCCUGUACUUUGGCAACAGUAGCUGAGGGCAGUCCAGGUGAAUGUGCUGAUGUAGGAGUGAAAACCAACCUGAGUAAGAUGGAGGACCUGCCUAACACACUGUAUAGCUCAGUGCAGAUCAUGAAAACACUGCUGAGCUCUAAGCAAAACCCUAAGCUAGGUCGGUUUAAUAGUUUGCCAGAAGUGUCACAGACCAUGGGAAGAAACUUGAGCCACUCCGCCCAUGUGCUCAUCACCUGCCUGGCCAGCCUGCACUUCUUUGACGAAGAACUCGUGACAGUCACAAACCAGAUGACCUACAUGAACUCACCCAAGUACCAAGAGCUUCUGAACAUCUUCCAAGUCCUGUGGACUGAAUGUACCCCCAACACAGAUGAGCCAGCCUCAAAGGCACUGCCAAGCUCCAAGUCACAAACCCCAGUGACUGGUGACUUUACUCCAACAUCUUCUUCUGGGGUGGAUGUUAGCAGUGGCUCUGGUGGUUCUGGAGAAGGGAGUGUGGCUGGUGUUGUGGACUGUGCUCCUUUCCCUGAGAAGAUGGUGGAUCCUAAGUUGAAAAGACAGGACAGCAUUACCCGCCAUGAUGAUACAGAUCCCAUAACUGCAGUGAAAGUAGAAGAGAGAUCCUCCUCAAAUGACCAAGUGAAAAUGGAAGCCCAAUCAACUGAAGGAGAUGAAGAGGGAAGACACAUUCAUGAUGUAACCAGCAGGGAUGAAGCCAAUGAAAGCAUGAAAAAACAUAUGUUGGAAAAUAGCACGAAGGUAGUUGAUGAAGAUGAAAUAAAAGAAGUGGGGACAGAAGAAGAGAAAAUGCUAGGAAAGGAAAUGCAAGAGGCAGAAACACAAGAUGAAGGAAUGGAAGCAGAAAAGAUUGAAGAAGAAGAAGAAGAAAAACAAGCAGAGGAAACAAAAGAUGAGAAAGUACUGGCAGAAAGAAUGCAGGAGGAGGAAGGAAUACAAGAAGAGGAAGCAUCCAAAGAAUGUGACUCUGCAGAUGCAUGUCCUCCAGUCAACACAGAGGAACCAAUGGAGCAAGUUAGUAACCCUAGUAAAGAUGAUUCAAAUUCUGACAAUGUUCAUGAUGGCCAAGAACUUGACCCUCAUUCAAAAGAGGUAACUGAAGGAGUUGCUGUGGCUGGUGAGCAAUCUGUGGUCAAUACCACUGCAGGGACUGGGGGAAAGAGGGCUUCUAUUACCCAGAACACAUCACCAGAUCCUGAUCCACUCUGGGUUCUGAGGUUGUUGAAGAAGAUAGAGAAGGAAUUCAUGACUCAUUAUGUCAAUGCUAUGUCUGAGUUCAAGGUCAGGUGGAACUUACAAAAUAAUGAAAUGUUGGACCAGAUGAUUAUAGAAUUAAAGAAUGAGGUGAACCAACGAAUACAAAAGAGCAUUGAAAAAGAACUUAGAAAAAUCCAAAGUAGGGCAGGGAAGAAACUUCCAAAGCCCCCAAAGGAAGCUUUUAAGUGGGAGACUUCGCUGCAGACGGAACAAAGAAGGAGACGCCUUAAGGGCAUGCACAACCACUCAGCCUUCACAGAGCAAAAUAAAAUGCCAGGAAAGCGGAAUCUCUCCCUGGCCUUCAUUGAUGCCAUGGCCUCCAGUGGGACGCUGGCUGAUGAUCUACGGGAGCUAGAAGGUGAGGAAGAGUACUGCCCUUGUGACACUUGCAUAAGAAAGAAGAUGACUACACUGUCGCUGAAGAACACAGUCCCAGUCACAGAUGCUCCCCUCAGAAAGGCUUUUGACCUACAACAAAUUCUUCUUAAGAAGAAGGAAGAAAAGCUGAAUGAGGGAGCGGCUGAGCUAGCUACAGAGGAACGAGGAAGCACAACACUUCGGAGAGAACGCACAGGUAACGAGACUGUUGAUGAAGCCGAACCAGGGUUGAUAUCUAGCAGCUGUGUGGAUGGAGCUGAUGCAGGGGAGGAAAACCACCGAUCCGGCAAAGAUGGAGAGUCGGAACUGUAUGAAGGAGAAGAGCAGCAGACUAAUCGUGAGGAAACAAUGACUGGAGGAGAGAAAGAAGCAGAUCUUCAGAGGAGUGAGGAGGGAGACAAAGAGGGUAAAGCUGAGAGUGACUCAGAAGACGAAGACGCGAAACGACAUGAGGGAGAGAGUGCAUGUGAUGGAAGUGAGAAGAAAGAAACUGAGCCUGCAUCUGAAAAAGGGGCAAACUCAGAGGGAGAAGUCACAGAGGAUGAGGAUAGAUGCUCAGAAGCAUCAGAUGGUGCUGAAGAUCUUGAGGCCACUGAGCCACUCAGCCCAGAGGCUGAGGUAGAGAAGCAAACAGAGUCACAGAUGGGGGUAGAAAGCCAAGAGGACCAAGAAAGCAACUGUCAGGAAAGCCCAGAAGAAACCCAGAGUGGUGAAAAGUCCGAAGACAAUGAUCCUGACCAAGAGGUAAGUGAAGGAAGUUUGAGGACCGACCGCCUUCCUGAGGCCCUCACAAGCUCACAGCCAAACGAAGAAGCCUUCUCCAGCGACUCAUCCACUGCAAACUGCUCUCAAGUAUCACAGAGAGGUUCAGAAAAAGAGGGCUCAAAUGGAGACUGUCAAGAAUCGGAAAGCCUAGAGGCUGAACCUAGCAGAGAAACUAAUUCAGAGGACAAGGCUUUUACUAUGUAUCCUGAAAAUUCCCCUUCUGAGCAAGAUGGAAUGUCGUCUUGCUCUAGCAUCUCAGACAGAGAGUCUACUGGCAGUCCCUUGGAACACAAGGACAGACGUGCUAAGAACUCUAAGUUUACAGAAGCUAUUGAUAAGGCAGAUGUUUUUGAUGACGAUUGCUUGGAUUUCUAG